CAGCUAUUCUAUUGGGUACUUGCUCCUUUCUUUUCGCAUUGAUUUUCUUUUUCUUCAUCCAGCCUCCUCCCUUGCCCACCUCUCUUUGGGAAAAGGGCAAAGUCGAAGGAGGACAAUCCCGCUGACUCUCUGCCUAAAGGAUGCAAGAUGUCCGGGAGUGAUGUUGAGCACGCUUCCCGGCUCUUGGACGUCAGCCCGCGGCUAUCUUCCUCGAACACCCACGAUAUUCACAAUUCCUAUUACGGUUCCCUGUCAAACGACCCUUACCACGUCUCCCUAGCUGCGCCCUCCUUCUCUCCUUCUCUGUCGGGUAAAACGUAUCCCACUGAACCGAGUUUCACAAGCCUGCAACCUUACUCCCUACCUGCAACCCUUCUCUCCGACGAUCAUAAGGACAAUUCUGGCCGAUCUUCGCCUGACCCUGACGACUUUUAUCGAGCGCAACUGCCCACAGGCAAUGGUACUGUGAAUGGUGGUGCUGUGGUGGAAAACCAGAGUGACGUAACCGCAGAGCAGUGUCCUCAUCUAUUCCAGCGUGUUUCCUCCGUACCGAUAAAUUCGACCGAGUCCCCCAGCGGGAGUGCGGUUCAGGGUCGUUCAGUAUCCGACUCGUCGUAUAAGGGCAUUGGUGGUAACUCCGCUUGGGGCUCUUCCGCGCGGGCCUCGACGGCCAGGGCCAGGCAGACAUCAUUCAAAGACCUGAUCAACAAGUUUAAUAACAAUAGCGACCAGGUUCUCCCCGUUCCUUCGUCACUCACAGCUGGAUCUCGGGCGCCGUCGAGGGCUGCUAGUCCUACCAGCCCAAUAGGAGGAUCGUAUCGGUCGGGAGCUCUCCCUCGUUCGCGUGAGGCUCACAACACGGCCAAUGCACAAGAGCUUCCCCGCUGGCAUUCCCUAGAUACCUUUGGCGAGAACACGUCGGAUUCAGUUUCUCUACCGCUCCGAUCAAUUGACCUGGGCGGAAACAUCCUGAACAACCGCCAUUCAGAUACAGAUCCCCGACGUGUAAUCUUAGGUGAGAAACUCAGCGUCGACACGGGGUUUCUGAGCACUGAGGACACUGCCUCGCGUCGUCGCGGUUCUGAGGGGAAUAUUCUCGGCUCAAGUCCCGCUUUCUUAGACCACCUAGACCAUUCGUCCGGUCCAACACCACUAACACCCACCGCGUGGUACCUUGGACGUACCCCAUUCUUGGAAGAAGUGAGCACAGGCAGCAGUCCGAACAAUCACAGAAGAACACAAAGCGAUUUCGUUGGGACUUGGUCGGUGGAAGCGGCGGUGCAGCCUCCUGAUUUCCACAUGGCUGUUCCUGCCCCCUUGCAGUCCGGUUCUCAAACAUUUCAAGAACACUCAAACGCUAAAUCUCGCAUUCCGAUUUCAUCUCACCGCCUUCAUUCAACAUCGGAUUCAGACGAGUCUUCCACCCCCUCGAGGGCCGGUUUUACGGGGUCCGGAAGUCAUUCGACGGUUCAAGUUCCCCUGCCACCGAAAGGCACUAGCCGCCUUCCCAAACCGUCGCCUAAAGCACAGCGUGACACGUCACACGAUGAUCAUCAUGUCCUGAUAACACCACCACGCACUCAUGCCCGGUCCCGUCGUCAGGUCCCCGAGAGCAGUGGUCUCUUGGAAGCUUACAUAGCCGCACCUCCGCCAGCCAAAUCGCCACCCCUCCGGAGCUCCCGACCUCGGCAACCCGUAUCACAUACAACCCUCCAAACUCCCCGGUCGAAAGUCGUUGAAACCGUGUCGAAUUUCCAGAGGCAAAUAAACCGUGACCGAGAGUUUAGGAACUCGCGAGCUCGGGAUCGCCGAUUGCCAGAGUUGGGCAAUGUUGACUUUGCGACCCGACGCCAAAGGAUCCAACAGGCAUUCAAUCGCACGGUACAGGAGAAUGAGAGAAAGGAGGAGAAAGCGGCCGAGAUUCGACGUCGAAACAAGGAAUUGGAAGACACGAAAGGCACCGACGCCGUCGAACCUGAAGCAUUGCAGGCUGAGCAGCAAGACUUUGAUGACUCUGCGCUGAUGAAGGAUGACCUUCCUGUCGCAGACGGAGCAGCGGGUGUAGGUCACGAGCAGUCAAAAUCGGAGCAAGAGCCUGAAGAAACGCGGACGUUACCCCAACUAUAUGUCGAUACAGAUGUAGUCUUGCACGGGAAGCAAACUGAAAUCUUCGAUUCGCAUACAACCAUGGAUUCUCCAACGUUAGGGCACCAGCCUGUCAUUGCUGGUGAGCUGGAAAGUGACUGUGACCUUGCACAUGGGGAUCCCGCGUCUGCUUCAACCUCGGAAUCCAAUGAGACACAUGUCACCGCUUUCGACAUAGAACCACAAGUCGACCUGAUGCAAAAUAAACAUGCUUCACAUCGAGCAUUGUUGAAUCAAAUCAUGCACAUACGCGAGUCGAGCUCCAGCAGUUCAUCAUGUGAUGAACAAGAUUGUAGCCUCUCCGAGGCUGACGACAAAGAGUCGGUGCCCAUCAUGCUACGGGAUGCGCUGGGCUUCGAUGAUCAUACAGACAGCAGCGAAAAUCAGGAGCCAUGCGAUCUCUAUACGCAACAUGAAACAACAGACAACGAGAUGUCCCACCGAUGGAGUAUUAGUUCUUGGUCAUCAUCCCUCCACAACCAGCAUUCUACAGACGAACAGUGCGAGCGCAGUGUUGAUGACAUCCCGCCACCUCGCCAUUCCGCUGAUGAGAGUGAAUUUAAAACCCAAUCAUGUUCUGCGUCGUCGUGUACGCGAUCUGAGGCUGGUUAUCCGCUUGCGAACCCAUUGACACAGACAUCAUCACACGAAUUAAAGACAGAGGCUGUGCCACAAGCCAAUCUUUAUACACUGACUAGUGCCCCUAGCUUAGCCAGGCUCGGGGGCUGGGACUCCAAGCGAGUCAGUCAGCUCUACAUCCAAGAGAUCGCUAACGGACGAGGGCUUGGUCUUCCCUUGCCGGCUAUACGUGCUUCUCCGGAGCCCCAACAGCUAGACGUUCAUACGAAGGGAGAUGACGGGCCUGAGGACACGAGUUCGGUCCCUCGUAGCACAGAUAUGCCUGCCUCUGAGCGGACCAGAUACGCAGCCAGCCUCGUCAUCCGCGAUGACUGGGAGCAUGCAUCUCCUUCGAUCAUGGAUUGGAUGCAGGUUGCUGCCGCGGACGGUUCAACCCCGCAAGGCGAACGAAGCGGUUCGGCGUCUAGACUAGACAAUGCUCCCACGCCGCGGCUGGACACGUCAAGCGCCCGGGACCUAUCUCAGGAAGCGACAGAGGAACGCCUAGGACUGGCAAUCAAUGUCCAGGUCCCUCAGGACUCGAAUUUCCAUGAAUAUAGCUCGACCCUUGAUCAUCGGCAAGCGGCAACCGACAUCGCGCAGCCACCCACUCGAUAUGAUUCAACCGCCACUAUCGCAAAUCAGCGUUUCAGCACCUAUAUCAAUGGGAUAUUCUCUCCCUUGGACCCUAUUAAUAGCACAGGGAGCAGUGAAAAUUCAUCUCUACAGCGGCUUGAACCGACGCUAUCUCCGGAGACGCUGCACUCGUCUGCGACAUCACUGGCGCAUUCAAGCUCUGAGCAUCUCCAGUCGAAACCCCAGUCACCUUCGCCCGAGCAACGGCGGCUGAAGAAGCGACGAAACGUGAUCAAGGAGCUCGUUGAUACUGAGUACACCUUUGGUCGGGAUAUGAAAGUUGUUGACGAUAUAUAUAAGGGAACCUCGAGUUCAUGUUUGGACCUCUCUUCUGAAGAUGUCAAAGUUCUCUUCGCAAAUUCCGACCAAGUCGUUCAGUUUUCUAUGGCUUUUCAAGACGCCCUGAAAGAAGCCGCGAAAAGUGUCUAUGUGAUGCCCAAGUCGCAGAGAUGGAGCAGCAAGCGCAGUGCGCGACAUCGCCAAGCUUCAAGGAACGAAGACAAAGCAGACAGCACGGGUCUCUCGGACCAUGAAAAGGACCAAAUGACCUUCAUUGGACAGGCUUUUGUGGCACACAUUGGCUACAUGGAGAAGGUUUAUGCGGAUUAUCUCAAGAAUCACGACGCUGCUAAUAGAAAGCUCCAAACUCUGCAGCGGAAUCCGAAAGUGGCGAUCUGGCUCAAGGAGUGUCGUGAUUGGGCUUCCGAUCUCACGACUGCAUGGGAUUUGGACUCCUUACUGGUGAAGCCCGUACAGAGGAUUCUGAAAUAUCCUCUGUUGCUGUCUGAACUUCUCGACUCGACACCCAAUGACCACCCUGACCGGACAGCUCUCAUUACUGCUUUCGAGCAGGUCACCAAUAUCUCGGUCAGAAUCAAUGAAAUGAAGAAGCGUGCGGAUCUGGUGGGUCAGGUGGUCGGACGUAAACGCAAGGAGUCUGACGUUCGGACCGGCUUGUCCAAAGCUUUUGGCAGACGCACCGAGAAGCUGAAGCAGCAAGUAGGACUUAUCGACUUGUUUGAAGACAAAGAAUACGACAGCCUAUCUCAGAAGUUUGGAGAUAACUUUUUCCAGCUGCAGCUCGUCAUGCGUGAUGCAGAAUCAUACACAAAAGAGGUCCAGAGUUCAAUGGAUUGUUUCAACGAAUUUGUCGCUGCGAUCGAAGGAUUUGUCGAUGUAGCGCAGUCGAAUUAUGUCGAGCUGGAAGGCAAAUGGCGCGAGCUUAGAGUCUCUGUUCAGGCCAUCAUGACGGUGGCUUUGCCCGACCAUCUUGCAGUGGUCCGAAAGAGCGUCAUCGAUCCGAUGGUCACCCUACUCAAGCUUCACGAUGGUCCCCAGAGAGUGAUGAAGAAGCGCGACAAGCGACUCAUGGACUAUGUUCGCUUCAAGAGCAUCAAGGAUCGAGGGGACAAGCCCGACAAAAAGACCAUGGAACAAGGGGAACAAUUCAUUGCCCUGAAUGAAACCCUCAAGGAUGAGCUUCCGAAGCUCUAUGCUCUCACUGCCAAAUUGAUGGAGGCCUGUUUGAAGAACUUUGUGCAGAUUCAAACCACCUGGUUUCAUCAAUUGCAAAGAAAUCUUGGAUCCUUAUUCGAGGCAUUCCCAGAGGACAUUCAAAAGAUUGUUGAGAAUUGGUCCUCCAAAUUCAACUAUGCUGAAGGGCAGGUGCUCUCGCUUGGGAUCUGCAAUGGAUCCUUGCUCGCCGAUACCAUGAAUCUUGUCAACUUCAACACGCCUUCAACCGGGGCAACUAUCAGCUCGCCUCGACGACCUUCCACGGUGAAUAGUGUCAGCACGCGGAUGGGCUCGACGGUUGAAGAAUCGCCCAAGGCAUCUCAGGAAUUCAGUAUCGGCGGCUAUCCUUUCCAGUCGCCCAGCAUCGACAGCCAAUCUCAAGUGUCUUUAGGGCGACGUAGGGCGGACUCGACAUUCUCCGGCCGUGCUCAUGAAUCUGCCGAAAUCCCCAGAGGCCAAGUGCUUCAACAAGUCACCAGCGCAUCAACAGGGUCGCUUGCAGCAUCCGGCUCUAAUACCGAGUCAUUCCCGAGCCUGCCCAGAUUGAGCCUUGACUCCCCAUUCUUAGUCGAUGUCAUUGGCCCCUCCCAAACGGAGACCAGGACUGAUGAUGAACAACAUGCAUCAUCUAGUGGUCAGUAUUCGAACUUCUUCUCCUCAGCGAUGCCGAUGUCGGAUAAUCCACAAGAGAACACACCAAUGGAUCCCGAGCCUCCGAAAGAGCCAGCAGUCCUUUUUCUCGCAGCCAGUAUAUACGAAUUCAAUAUUGAUCGCGCUCGAAGAGAAGCUGGUUACCCAUAUCUGACAUACGUUGUGGGCGAGAUCUUCGAUGUCAUUGCUGAGAAAGGCGAACUGUGGCUGGCUAAGAACCAAGAUGAUCCCGAGCGUCAGGUCGGCUGGAUCUGGAACAAACACUUUGCAAAGCUAACUAAUUAGAGCACUCGUUCUGCGAGUCCAUUUCAAUUACAAGUCUUACAAGCCUAAGGGAUCAUGCCUUGGCGCGACGUUUCCCCGGGCGACGACUCAUUGAAAUCUACAAUCUCAUGCUGCCGCAUGUUAUACGCAUCUAUGAUCUUACAUGGUGGCACCUUUGACCGUGCGACAUUGUUU